AUGGAGCACGACGCGCACGCCGAGGCCCUGACGCACGCCGUCCAGCCAUCGGAGGACGCCACCGUCGAUGAUUGGGCUCGCGACGACGCGGAGCCCAUUUCCGUCGAAUCUGGCGCUGCCCCCGCGGAGGUGGCUGCGGCGGAUUCCGGCGCUGAUGCCCCGCACACGCCCGCGCCCUCGCCCUCGGCCGCGGUCGCGGCAGAAGGUGUCAAGGAAAUUCAAUCAUCUCUUCAAUCUUUGGAGCUUAAAACAAAUGUUGCUACUCAAGAAGAUGCUCAUGUGGUUGAAGACGAUGUAGAUGAAACAAAAAGACACUUGAAUGUGGUUUUCAUUGGCCAUGUUGAUGCUGGAAAAUCAACUACUGGAGGACAAAUAUUGUUUUUAAGUGGUCAAGUUGAUGAUAGGACCAUCCAGAAAUAUGAGAAGGAAGCAAAGGAUAAAAGCCGAGAAAGCUGGUACAUGGCUUACAUCAUGGACACAAAUGAGGAAGAAAGGGUUAAGGGAAAGACUGUUGAAGUUGGUAGAGCCCACUUCGAGACAGAACACACAAGAUUCACUAUCUUGGAUGCACCGGGUCACAAAAGUUAUGUUCCAAAUAUGAUAAGUGGUGCAUCUCAAGCUGACAUUGGUGUUCUGGUCAUAUCUGCUCGAAAAGGUGAAUUCGAAACAGGUUAUGAAAGGGGAGGACAGACCCGUGAACAUGUACUACUUGCGAAAACUUUGGGUGUUGCUAAGCUGGUAGUUGUAAUAAAUAAGAUGGACGAACCUACUGUUAAAUGGUCUAAGGAAAGGUAUGAUGAGAUUGAAGCAAAAAUGGUUCCAUUCCUUAAAUCUUCAGGGUACAAUGUUAAGAAAGAUGUGCAGUUCUUGCCAAUAUCUGGUCUUGUGGGAACCAAUAUGAAGACCAGGAUGGAUAAAAGCAUUUGUAGUUGGUGGGAUGGCCCUUGUCUUUUUGAAGUUCUGGACCGUAUUGAAGUUCCUUUACGUGACCCCAAAGGUCCAGUAAGGAUGCCGAUUAUUGAUAAAUAUAAGGAUAUGGGCACUGUUGUAAUGGGCAAAAUAGAGUCUGGCACUAUCAGAGAGGGUGACAGUUUGUUGGUUAUGCCAAAUAAGUCCCAUGUGAAAGUCAUUGGUUUGAACUUGGAUGAGAGCAAAGUACGUCGUGCUGGACCUGCUGAGAAUGUUCGUGUCAAAUUGUCCGGAGUUGAAGAGGAGGAUGUAAUGGCUGGUUUUGUACUUUCAAGUGUUGCUAAUCCUGUUGGUGCAGUUAGUGAAUUCAUCGCUCAGUUACAGAUUCUCGAGUUGCUUGACAAUGCUAUUUUCACUGCUGGCUACAAAGCUGUGUUGCAUAUCCACUCUGUUGUUGAAGAGUGUGAAAUUAUCGAGCUCAUAGAGGAAAUUGACAUGAAGAAAAAGAAAGAAGCAGAUCCAAAGAAGAAAAAGCCAAAGAGGAAGCCUCUUUUUGUGAAGAAUGGUGCAAUUGUUGUUUGCUGCAUUCAGGUGAAUAACUUGAUAUGCAUAGAGAAGUUCUCUGAUUUCCCUCAGCUUGGAAGGUUUACACUUAGAACUGAAGGAAAGACAGUAGCUGUAGGCAAAGUUGUUGAUGUUCCGCCUGCUGGCAGCCCAACAUUCUGA